GUGAGAGCACGCGUCGUGUGAUGCUAGUGAUGCGCACUUCAACUUUGACUUCAACUUAUUCUCAUCAAGGCCAUCUAUAGAAUUCUCAUUCUGAGCGGACUCGCACAGAAAACGAGGGAUCUUGAUUUGGAGAUUGAGAUGGAUCAGCAUGAUCCACCAGUGUCUGAACUACUGCCGCUCAUGAGGGCUGCAUCAAUGUCACCAAAAGGACCAAAGUGGUCUCUGGAGGGCUCCGCUGACAGCGACGGGGAAUGGGGUCCGUCACAGAGUGUGAGGAAGUCUCAGAGGCCGAGGAACUGCACUCCCAUAGACAGUGGCUCUGAGAGCGACUUUCGGCCAGUUGUGAAGGAGGAGAUAAAGAUUGAAGUCACUUCACCAAGGGUUGAGCGGCCGUCGUCUCCCUCGGUGUCGGACGACGAUCCUUUCUCGGACCGCGCUCUGCAUUCUUUAGUGAAGGAGGAAAAGUACCGACCUCGAUCACCGUCACCGUCUGAGGACUUCAUCGGGUUCACUGAGGUGGACCGGGACAGUGCCUGUUUCAUCUCCAAUGCAAAAAGGAGUCUGUUACUUGGUUGUUCGUCUGCCAUUCGAGACUCUACUGAAGUUUUUGCUGAAGGAGUGUUCAUCAAGAGUCGACGUUUCGUCAUUAACUACCGAGAUGUGGAUGGUCUCGAUGAUAGUAACAUAUUUUGUGACGUGUGCUGCCGCGAUUGGGACGGUGAAUGUCCCGUCCAUGGACCGCUAAAGAUCAUACACGAUACCAAGGCACGACCCGGUAUCGGAGAUGUCGACAGGGACGUCAAGACUCUCCCGCCUUCUCUCAGCUCUGGUCCGUCGACAAAUCCAGCGUCUGGCACCGGCAUCAGUGGCUCGGUCCAAUGUCCCCACUGCGACUUCCGAUGUCUGGGACAGCAACAUCUGGACAGACACGUGAAGAGAAGUCACGGCCAUAUCGACAGGAACGGGAGAUUCAAGUGCGAGUGGUGUCAGUACUCGACCGACAAGUCCAGAGACAUGAAACACCAUCGAAGGACUCACACUGGGGAGCGGCCGCACCGCUGUGAUAUCUGUACGGCACGGUUCAUUUUACGGUCACACCUCACUACACACAUGCGGACCCACACGGGAGAGCGGCCUUACGGCUGCUCCAUCUGCAAGGCACGGUUCACUGAACGGUCUACCCUAACAAAACACAUGCGUACCCACACGGGGGAACGGCCGCACGGCUGCUCUAUCUGCACGGCACGGUUCACUCAACGGUCACACCUCAAUAGGCACAUGCUGACUCACAGUGGGGAGCGGCCGCACGGCUGCUCCAUCUGCAUGGCACGGUUCGCUCAACGAGGACAUCUCAUCAAACACAUGAGGACCCACACUGGGGAGCGACCGUACGGCUGCUCACACUGCCCGGCUCGGUUCACUCAACGGGCACAUCUCACCAAACACAUGCGUACCCAUGCGAAGUGCAACCGCACUGCUGCCACUUCUAACGUUUCAGCAGUUUGACGCAAAACUCGAUUUUAACUGGUACACAGUUUUGAUAAUUACACAGGUUUGACUGAUGCGGUAAAUGGUUUGAUUGGCGAAAUGCAAUGCUGAAAUAUGCUGACAAGUGCAUGACCGGCUGCCGUCAUACGUUUGAUUAUUGAUAUAUUAGUGUUAUACAUCUUUUUACGCCCAAUUUAGGGCGGCAGUGCGCACAUUUCAGUAAUAGUGCGGGCGAUUCCGACAGUAUGCCGUGGUCUGGGCGAUUUGUCGCAAUCGGUUGCACUGUUACUGAGCUGCGUGCACUAUGUCUAUAUUUAGCCGUAAAAAGGUGUAGCUGUGGUUCUCGUUUGUGAGCUUCUAAGCUACCCGUGUGAGUGUCACAUCUUGUUUCUUUAUGUUAACACACGGUGAUUCAGUAGUUGUGUUCUAAACUAUCCGCCUCCACAUAUGAGUUAAGGAGUGUCGCUGUUUGGUACAGUGUCGUAGCGCUGUGAUUUGUGAAUAAUGUCCAGCUACGUUGAGGGACAAUACAUUCUUCGUGACCACCA